GCGGCUGGAGGGGAGUCCCUCGCUCGGGCAGGGGCUGCCCCGGGAGAGACCCCAGCUGGGAGCCCUGCCCCCUUGGGUGGGGCUCUCUCGGGCCUCACCAGGGCCCCAGGGCCCCAGGACCCCGCUCACUGGUAGCAGCCAGUCCCGGGCACGAGUCGUGGAAGUGGCCUGAUCGUCCUCUGCUGAUCACCGCCCUGUCCAGCCAUCCCGCACCCCACUUUGGGUGGGUGGAUGGGCCCGGGGCGCCCACAGGGACCUAAGUAGGUGCCCAGUAACCAAGAAGGAAGAGGGGAGAAGAGACCAUUUCUCUUCAGAAACGUAAGCGAGUCCCUUUCCCAGGGCACGGCACAGGGGCCGGACACGGCCCUGCCGGGGCCAUGGGAGGCCUUGGCAGAGCAGGACAGGUCGGGUAGAGGCCGGCACAGGCUGACCUGCCGCAGGCCUCCACAUCGGUUUGCUGCCUGGCUCCUCAAGCCCGGGGAGUCCUGUUUUCCAUCCUGGGAUGGGGAGGACCUGGGACCGCACCCUCUCUGGCUACGUGGGUGGAGCCUAGGAAGGGAGCUGGGCCCAGCUUUGCAGUAGCCUGAGGCCAUGGCCACUUCCUGGCCAUCUCUCUGCCUGACUGCAGGCGACCACCACCCGUGAGGACAAUUCCGGAAGUGAUGGUGGGUGGGCCGGGCCCAGUCUUCUCAGGGCUUCCUGUUGUUAGCGAGCUAGUGGGGCAGCUCCCAGGCCGGGAGCUCGGAGGAGCAGAGGAUGCUGGGAGCCGCUGGAUGGGGCAGGGUCCUGAAGGCAAGGGGAGUAGCAGAAAGAAAGUGGAGCGACCACGUGGUCCCUUCCCGAGUCUCCUUGGGUCUGGGUCAUGAGUCGUGGCCAGCGACCUCUAUAUUUGUACGGCCUCAAGCAAAGCACUUUAUCCUCUUGAGACUUUGUGUCCUGCCUGCUCUCUGAAGACCUGACGGGGAGAGAAAUGCAGGGCCUCCCUCACAAGUUGGGCAAUUACUAGGCAUCAUUUAUUUUCCAUCACUCCUAGGAAGACAGCAAGGACCAGGACCUGUCUGCUUCCCAUAGAUGAGCACACUGAGGCCCAGAGAGGACUUGAAGUGUGUUGAGACCCUGAGGUCUCCAAAAUGAGGCCUGAGGCCCCCAGGCUCACCACUGACUGGAAGCCCCCUUCCUCACCGCCCAGGAUCCAGUCUGUCCCUCAUAUACCAGGACAGCCACUCCGGCUCUGAUACCUGUCACACACUCCCCAGAUAGUCCCAGGCCUCUCAGAGCAUAGCACCACCUGGCUCCCACAGGGCCACCCUCACCGUUGCCCUGAGAGAACAGUGGCAGGAAAGGCCUGAAGUUUGUGAGGCAGAGAAGCCUGCGUCUGAGUCCAGCUGUCACUUGUGACUCCAGCUGGUGGCGCACCUGGGACAUCUGCCCCUCCCUGGGCAUUGGGUGGGGCAGCCUAGGGAUGGGGAGCACUCACUGACAGUUGCUACCACGGCUUCCUGGCCCGGGCUCCUUCCAGAGGCAUCCUCCUGAGCCUCCGUGCUCACGAGAAGGCAUUUAUGUUGUCCUGUUCAGCAGGAAGCACCGGGCCAGCCGCUGUAGGUGAUAAAAUGGCUCGACUUUGCCCAGCCUUCAGGUGGCCUGUGGCGUGCACGCCUUCCUAGUCCCACCAGGAGCCAUCGACCCCACCCGCUUCUGCCUUCUCUCCUGCACUCCGUCCCAACCCACCACCACCAUGGCUGCCCUGAUCGCAGAGAACUUCCGCUUCCUGUCACUCUUCUUCAAGAGCAAGGAUGUGAUGAUUUUCAAUGGGCUGGUGGCACUGGGCACAGUGGGCAGCCAGGAGCUGUUCUCGGUGGUGGCCUUCCACUGCCCCUGCUCCCCGGCCCGGAACUACCUGUACGGGCUGACAGCCAUUGGAGUGCCCGCCCUGGCGCUCUUCCUCAUCGGCAUUGUCCUCAAUAACCACACAUGGAAUCUGGUUACUGAGUGCCAGUAUCGGAGGACCAAGAACUGCUCGGCUGCUCCCAACUUCCUGCUUCUGAGCUCCAUCCUAGGCCGUGCGGCCGUGGCCCCCAUCACAUGGUCCGUCAUCUCUCUGCUUCGAGGGGAGGCCUACGCCUGUGCUCUCAGCGAGUUCGUGGACCCCUCCUCGCUCACAGCUGGGGAGGAGGGCUUCCCGCCAGCACAUGCCACUGAGAUUCUGGCCAGGUUCCCUUGCGGGGAGGGCCCUGCCAAGCUGUCAGGCUUCCGGGAGGAGGUCAGCCGCAGGCUCAAGUACGAGUCCCAGCUCUUCGGGUGGCUGCUCAUCGGCGUGGUGGCCGUCCUGGUGUUCCUGACCAAGUGCCUCAAGCAUUACUGCUCACCACUCAGCUACCGCCAAGAGGCCUACUGGGCACAGUACCGGAACAACGAGGACCAGCUCUUCCAGCGCACGGCCGAGGUGCACUCCAGGGUGCUGGCUGCCAACAACGUGCGCCGCUUCUUCGGCUUUGUGGCUCUCAACAAGGACGAUGAAGAGCUGGUCGCCAAGUUCCCAGUGGAGGGCACGCAGCCGCGGCCGCAGUGGAACGCCAUCACUGGCGUCUACCUGUACCGUGAGAACCAGGGCCUCCCACUCUACAGCCGCCUACACAAGUGGGCCCAGGGCCUGGCAGGCAACGGCAGGACCCCUGACAGCGUGGAGAUGGCCCUGCUCUCCUGAGCUCCACCUCUGCCUCUUUGCAAACAGCCACCUGGUCCCGAGCGGAACCCCCCUAAUGUCAGCACCAGGCAAACAGGUGAGGGGAAGGGACACAAAGUAAGCUGGGGUGCAGUUUCAGUGUGAGGUGCUCCGCUGACAAGAGGACUCUCAGGUCUGAAGAACCCUGCUGCCACCAGCCCCCUUGGCUCAGCUUUAGGGAAGGGCCUUCCCCAAACUGGUCCACACCCAACAGUGGCAGGGGUUGCCUCUGUCUUCAGUGGGAUUCCAAGCUGAGAGGCCCCAGGCCAGCAGAGCAGAGCCACAGCGGGCUCCUUGUAUACGAAGCACACGUGCAAACUUGUGUCUAACUGCAGGGGCAUGGGCUUGGCCAGCGCACUGCCGGGAAGCUGCCGUUUUUGUAUGCCUCUGGCCUGAUUUCACAAAUUUAAGUUUUGAUAAAGCUUUUCUUACCAUAAAGGGCUAGCCUGGUGUCUGCUGACUGAGUGGGUAGGGCCAAGCCCUGUGGUAGCGGACAAAGCUAAGUGGACCACAGGGUGGUGGCCGUGCAGGUGAUGCCAGGUGUCCACGAAGGGGCACCCCUGGGGUGAGGGCUCUGAUUUGGUCCGGGUCAGAGGCAGCCUGGCCUUCAGAGGGAAGCUCAGCAGGUAUGUCACAGGCAGAAGAUCCUUCCAGGCCCCGCAACCCAGCACUGAGGUUCAGGACCAGCCGCCCCAGUGCCGCCCUGGCUGCCCCACCACACCCACACGCUUCUGGCUCUCCCUGCUCCCGCCCUGCUCCCUGGCAGGUAACGCAGUCAUUCCUCAUGGAGAGAGAGCUUUUAAUUCCCUCAGGACCAGGCCAAAAGAGCGCUGGCCUCCCAGAACUCGGCAGUCCCCCACUUGGAGGGGGAGGUCACUGGCCAGGGUGGGCCUGGGACAGCCGUCAUCAGGCAGUUGAAGCCAACGCUUGCAGCCUCCUCAGCAGCCCCUGGGCCUCCACAGGAGGGCCAACGGCACCAGCUGAGCUGAGACCAUGCCCAGAAUCCUACACUGCCGGCUCCUAUGCCCUGCAGACCCUACUGGCCGACUGAGAGCCUGCCUGGGGUAGGACACCGAGGCAGGGAAGCCCUGAGGGAGGAAUACUUGGUUUUCCUGGGACUCCAAGAUCCUGCUGCCUGCAACCACUGGGCAGUCUCAGAAAGGAAAAUGAUGGCGUAAACCAGUCCAUAAAACAAACUAUGCAAAGAAUUAAACCCCAAGGGGCAGAGCACUUGCCCAGCACUGUCCCCUCCCAAUAAAUAAACUGAACAGAG